AUGGCCGAGCGGCUCGUCGUCCUCCGGGGCGGAAUCAUAGAGCUUGCUGAUGAUCGGGAAGGCAACACUAGGGAGCUGCUAUUCAUGCUCCUCGAAGUUCUCAGCCUCGAAGUCCUCAGCAGAAGCAAUAGCAAGGUUGUCCUCGAGCCAAUUCAUAGUCUGUUGCGGACUUCGAUCUUAGCCUUGACCGACUUAUCGUCCUUGGCGAACUCUUUGGCUCUUAUUACUAUGCGUUCGAUCUCCUCUGGGGUCAGACGACCUUUGUCUUUAGCGAUUGUCAUCGACUCCUCUUUCCCAGUGGCCUUAUUGCUGGCGCUGACCUUGAGAAUACCGCUAGCGUCGACGUCGAAAGAGUUGCUAUUAGAAAUCCUGAUAUAA